AUGAGUACGGAAGGUCAACAUAUUACGCUAAACAUUGCCACAAACAAUGGCCCACUAGCCCAAAUAUGGCUCGCGGCCAAUAUGUCUAACAUAUCUCGAAAUUCGGUUCUGCAGACCAGCAUUGCCGAGUCAGCCCAGGAGAUCGCCAAGGCUGCAGGGUGUGAGGAUGGUCCCGUGAGCGGUGAGUACAUUACUCUGCGCACCUCGGGUGAAUUGCUGCAAGGAAUUGUGCGUGUUUACUCGAAGCAAGCAGGGUUCUUGCUCUCUGAUAUCAAAGAUACUUUGAUCAAAAUAAGCUCCCUCUUCAAGGCAAGUUCCAAAGUAAGCGUUACUUUCAGCAAAACUAACACCGUUGCCAAAAUAGGCCAAUUGAUUCUAGAUGAUGCCGUCACCGAGAAGGAAGUUUUGCUGAUGCCACCACUUGAUUUCUUAGAGAGCUCAUCAGGUACCACUGCUGGAAUUUUGGGACACGACGAUUCAAUGCGCCGUCAUGUACAAGGUGCUGCCCCAUGGGACACUUCAUUGGAAGUAGGGAGAAGGUUUAAUCCAGAUGAGGAUUUCGGUCAAAACUCCUCUGGUCUUGAUCUAGAUUUUGACAUAAGCGGCCAUAACGUAACGAACCAGAGUAAGACAACAACCUGGAUGGAGGGCACGCGCAACAGUGCAAAUAUCAGUACGGAACAUCAAGUUCUUCCGGAUAACAUUCUUAACGGCACCCAAGAUGAUGACUUCCCAAUCGAAGAUGCUGAUAAUGUAAAUUGGGAUUUGGGGGUCGCCGAAAACGAAACUAUGGAUGAUGCGCCACCAAUUGAAUUAGGUAGAAGGGCUGAGGGUUUAAGUAUGGAAGAGUCUACUGAUUUUGGUUUCAACCUGGAUCUGGAGAAGGACCCAAUCGACGAGAAUGAAAACCAAAAUACUUUGCUCCCUCUUGAAACAGAUGCAAGAGAUGAAAGAUCAAGGAAUAAACGGACGAAGAACCCAGUUCUCAUCCAUACCAUCAAAAUCCAAGUGGAGGAAGAGCCCGAGCUCUCCAACCAAGAAAUGAGAGAUUCGACGGACACCAUACAGAAAGAGGAGACCAUUGGGAAGAAAAAUACAACCAAAAUGAACCAGAAGAGGCUCUGGUCUGAAAUAGCAAGUAGCCUGCAGUUUCUUCCAAAGUAUGCCGCAGAAAAUUUAUUGGACUAUAGACAACUGAAAAAACACAAGACCGAAGACAGUGGGGCGGACGAAUUCGAGGAACAUGAAUUUGAUAUAACAUUGGGACUUGAUGACGAUCUCUUGAAAAGCUCCUCAAGAGGGGGAAGUUCAGAUAACGAAGAGGAUGCUAAAGAUGAGGAUCAUAUUUUGCCAAUGGACAACUGGGAGGAAACCAAUGAUUUAAAGAACCAGGAAGACAUGCUAAUAGAUACACCAAACACGAGCGGGGCAGUUCUCUCUGCUUCGCGUAAUCAACCGUCAAAGGCAGUCACAGAUCUAGCGGAGAUCUUGAGGGCAGAAAAUGUCCAAGGAGAGCAGAUAAGUUUUGAUUCCUUGAUAGAAAAAGAGCAUAACUCAACUCACUAUGAUAGAGAGGAGUCGGCAAUUACCAAACGCGAAGCAGCGAGUUCCUUUUUCAAUGUUUUGACAUUAGCCACCGCAGGUUGCAUUGAUCUUGAGCAGGAAGACCCAUUCUCUGACAUCAAGAUAUCUGCAGAGGAUACGCUUCUCGAAAGGUUUAUUGCCGCAUGA